AUCAGAUCUCCACAAUCUCUCAAAAUCUGUGGCAAUAAAAUUGAUUCUGAAGUACACUUGGCCAGGGGCUUCAAACUAGCUCCUAUCCUGGGGAGAUUAUCUUUUCAAUAGCACUAGCUAUAUCUGGCCUCACCCUCUUUGUGCUUCUGAUUGGCCACAUAUAGGUAUACAGCAUACUUCAAAUUAUUGAACUUAACAUUACAUGAAAGUAAGACCUCUGGGUGGGAGUCUUGUUACUCAGUUUGUCAGGAUCAUGCUGGACUGCUGGAGUAUCCAUAGACUUGUAUUCAUCUGGGUCAAAUAUGCUGGAUACUUGAAUAGUUGAAUUAACCAAUGUUAAUUUUCAUGCUUAUCAACAACAUCAAUAUCUGAGUGAUUAAAUGGAAUUGAAUGUUGCAAUUGUAUGUAUGGUGUGUGAGUAGGAUUAAAAUAUUAAAUGAUAUUAAAUGGUGUUGUAAUGGAGUAGCUAGCCCCUCAAUAGUCAUUUAGUUACUAUCUAUUUGUAAGGGUAGCUGGAGGUGGCGUAUGAUUUACUAUGUUACACAGAGUAAAGCUGACUUGCCACUUGUCUUUUUUCUCUGGCCAAAGCAUGUACUGUUGAAGAUCAAUGCUCUUAUUGCCAUUGGUAAAUCUGGUUCUAAUUUGGCAGUGCUUUUGAUGCAUGCCAUCUCUCACUCUGUUAUUGAACCUUCCUAAUUUGAUUUUGUUGUAUGACAAUGAUACAGAUGAGUGUUGUCACCGAUUCUCCCGUGCAUUCAUCCAGCAGUGAUGAUUUCAUUGCAUAUCUCGAUGCUGCACUAGAUGCAAACUCACCCGACUCAUCUACAGAUAAACAACCUCAAAACCAAGAUGAGUUUGAGAGUCUAAGGUCUUCUUUAUUACCUUUUCCCUACUUUUAUAUGCGUUUUGGUAUGAGUUAAGAAGCUGUUGCCAAUUGUGAUUUCACAAAUUACAAAUAUGUUGAAUUUUAUGUGAUGUGACAUGUUCAUGUAUCAUAUUGUGAUUCAUUAGAGUUUAGGGCCUGUUCAGUAGAUAUGAUAGAAUAGAAAAUGAUAGAACAUGAGAGAAUAUGAGUGUUGGAUAGGAACAUAAUAAGAGAAGAGUAGGAUAAACUCUUAUCUUAUUUAACAUUUAAUGCAAACUGAAAUAUCAGAUCAUGAUUCCUUAAAGCCUUAGAGGACUAAACAUUCUUUUGAUAAAGAGUAUUAUGGUGCUUAAAUAAAUGGUUUUAUUGAAAAUUUGGUUUUUGGUAGUGUGAAACAGUGUUCAAUUGGAUCCAUAUAGCUAGUUGGACAUAUCUCGGUUCUCUUUGUUUUUGUAGGAAACCAUGGUGAUUCAAACUUCAGACUUUGAUUAUAGUUUUGGUAGUUGCUUGUUAGCUGCAUUUAAUUUGAUUUUCUUUUAUCCUGGAUCAUUACCAAGAUUUGACAAGUUUUUAGGAUUGGUUUGUUUCUAAAAUCAGAGAAGAUCAUAAUGAGAGGUUUUAAUUACAUUUAGGCCAUUGCUUAUAUUAUAGAUAAAGGCAUCCUUCUUUUGCUGUCAACGAUGUUAUUGCGUGUAUGUUACUAUUAGUUAUGCCUUUUUUUUAAUUAUUCACAUUAAGCGUGCUUUAUCUGUGCUUUGGUUUAAAUUUCUCCAAUGUUGCAUACUUGCAUGAAAACUUAUUUUUACUGGUGGUCUGUGGAAUUGUGAACCAAUUUGCCUAAACCUGAGGGAGAGACUGAUAUUUUUGGGUUCAUGCUUUUGGUGCAUUUAUGUUGCAGAUGUCAUUCUGAAAGAUGAUGCUAUGAUUUUUUUCUUGCUUCAUGGUUUUGGUCAGAUUUCACUAUGUUGUACUUUAAUUUAUGAAUUAAUGCAGAAUUAAAAGACGUAAAUUAGAAAGCGUCGAGGAAAGCGAGGGGACUACUUCAAAAGGAAUCAAUGAACAAAAUUUAGUUGUUGCAGAGGCAUCCAUGGAGGCAGAUCUAUGUACGCAUCCUGGCUCAUUUGGAAAUAUGUGUAUACGUUGUGGGCAAAAGUUGGAUGGGGAAUCUGGUGUGACAUUUGGGUACAUACAUAAGGGACUGAGACUUCAUGAUGAGGAAAUUUCAAGAUUGCGUGAUACAGACAUGAAGAGUUUGUUAUGUCGUAAAAAGCUCUACUUGGUUCUUGACCUAGAUCACACACUGCUAAAUUCCACUCACCUUGCUCAUUUGAGUUCAGAAGAGUUGGAUUUACUAAACCAGACAGAUUCCCUAGGAGAUGUCUCCAAAGGUAGCCUUUUCAAAUUGGAGCAUAUGCAUAUGAUGACCAAAUUGAGGCCCUUUGUCCAUCAAUUUCUGAAAGAAGCGAGUGAAAUGUUUGAGAUGUACAUAUAUACCAUGGGUGACCGGCCUUAUGCACUAGAAAUGGCUAAGCUACUUGAUCCUCAGGGAGAAUACUUCAAUGCUAAGGUUAUUUCUCGAGAUGAUGGGACUCAAAAGCAUCAGAAGGGUCUCGAUGUUGUAUUAGGGCAGGAAAGUGCUGUCCUAAUUCUUGAUGAUACCGAACACGCAUGGAUGAAGCAUAAAGAUAAUCUUAUACUGAUGGAAAGAUACCAUUUUUUUGCUUCAAGUUGUCGCCAGUUUGGUUUCAAUUGCAAAUCCCUUGCCGAACUGAAGAGUGAUGAAAAUGAAACUGAUGGAGCACUUGCAAAAAUUCUCAAAGUGCUCGAGCGAGUCCAUUGCACAUUCUUUGAUAAACUUCAAGUAGACCUUGUUGAUCGAGAUGUGAGGCAGGUUUUGUCGUCACUUAGAAGUGAAGUUUUAAGCGGAUGCGUGAUCGUUUUCAGCCGUAUUUUUCAUGGUGCAUUGCCAUCUUUGCGCAAGAUGGCAGAGCAGAUGGGAGCCACUUGUUUGACAGAAAUUGAUCCCUCUGUGACACAUAUAGUUGCCACUGAUGCUGGAACUGAGAAGUCCAGGUGGGCAGUGAAAGAGAAGAAGUUUCUGGUUCAUCCCCGGUGGAUAGAGGCUGCAAAUUAUUUUUGGCAAAAGCAGCCUGAGGAGAACUUCAUUCUUAAAAAAAAAUAGUCACGUUUUGUUGUAGUAUCAAACACUUUGCUCCAUGUUCAUAGCUUGUUUACACGUUAUAGUGGCCCAAGGCUUUGAAAGGAUAUUUCAUGCCUAACUGACUAUCUUCUGAUUGUGAGCAAUCAUCACACAUUUUGAGUAGAAGAAAAAAACCGAUAUUUAAGUAGAAAUGUAUGCCAAGACAUCUUGAAUGGGAUUAUUGCCCAUGAACAACGAUAUACUAGGUGUACCAGAUUGUAGGGUUAGUAAUGAAGUAAAUUUGUCAUAGUUCUUAUUUAGAAAUAUGAAAGCAUUAGCCAAGUCAAAGAUAGUUUGAUUUUGUGCUUCCACUGCCAGAAUGUAACAUUUAUUGGAAGCCAAAAGCUGGAUGAACUAUGCCAUGACAAUCUAUGUAUAUUUUGUUUUUCAUUGUUGGUAUCGGUAUCUCAUUUU